AUUGCUUCCAAUCACAGAUUCACACUGAGAGAUCUCCAAGAAGGCAGCAUGGCCAGCAAAUAUGCUAUCAUCCUCUGUGUCCUCAUUCUCUGCGCUGCUCUUAUAGAAGGGCAGGGUACUGGUGGGAGACGCUGUUUAUGCAAAAAACUGUCCAAAAAGCUCCGUCUGAAAGGCCUGAUAAAAAUUGAAGUCUAUCCGGUGCAUUCUAGAUGUGAAAAUGUUGAAUAUGUGGCCACCAUAAAAGGCAGCAAAAAAACGAAAUGCCUCAGUCCGAAAGCAAAAUUGUUGAAUGAAAUUCUGUCUGCAAAGGGGAAACUACAGUCCAUUAAAGUAAUUAGAUAUGAGUAAAGCUGUGAUGUGACAGGACUCUAUGCCAUCAUGUGAAAGCUACAUGGAUUCUGCUGGCUGGAAUGUACAAAAGAAAAUACUAAAGCAGCUACCGAAAUAUUCUCUUUAUCCUAAGCCAUAUACAGUGUUACAAAUAUAGAUGGGGUGCAUCUUUACUAGAUCUUUUUUGUAUCAUGAACCCAAGUGAAGAACAUUUAGGGGCUAUUCAACCCCUCAGUAUUUCUAAUAUCCAACUCCGAGCAACUCUGAAUCCCCAAAUGGACCUUAUUUAUGAAGAAAAAUAACCUGAAAAAAUAGGAUCAGGCAUCAGGCGAGCCCCGAAAACUCAGAAUUGUUCAGAGUUUUCUGCAAAAACUAAGAUUUUUCUGAGUUUUCGAGAAAACCCCAAAUCAUCGGAUAUCGGUACGGCCAUCAGUGCAGACACUGUGACCCUCCCCAUUGACUUAUACAGGAUCUCGAGAGAUUUUAGAUGCCAGGGUUUCGAAUUUUUUAGCAUCGGUCUUUAAUAAAUCUCAAAAAAAUUGUAGUAGUUUUUUUUUUGCUCCAAAAACUACUAAUUAUUCGAGGUUCGGAUAUUUGGAGUUUGAUAAAUAACCAUCUAAAAUCACAGCUUUCACAAAAAAUUAAGAUUAAAGCUAAUUUGACAUGUUUCUAUUGAAAAAGACAUUUUAUACAUGUAAAACAAGCUAAAAUAUAAUUGCAGCAUUGCAAAUUAAUUACCUGUAAAGUGUAAAUAUUGUACAGAAAUGAAAUCUUUGUAUUGUUUUCCUUUCUCCCAAGCAUAGGAGCCAACUUCUUACUGUGUAAUAAAAGAUGAAUGAUUCCCUUUUGUAUUAUGUUGGAUUCAACAUGUUGUAAAUUGCUUACAUUUAUGUGUAUUCAAGGGGUUUUCUAUGCAUUUUUUUACUAUGAUUAAAAGAGUAUCUGUUUUUA